AUGGCUCAACUGAUGAACUGGUGUGUUGGAGAAGGCAUAGAUCCAGUGAAAGCUUUGCUGCUGAAAGAUGUACCUCCAGAUGCUGCAGUGGAUUUCAUCGAAGAAACGCUGCAGACUAUCAAAGCACUUGGGAAAGUCAGAGUGAGAGGAAGAAUGUAUGAUCCGCAGUCCCAAAGUUUAACUGUGCUAUGUGAGUGCAGGGAGAAGGUGGAUACAAGUGCUAUUCCUCCGGAUGUUCUGCCUGAGGGGUCUGCUGUGUCAUGGAGAAUCUUUGGACUCUCUGAACAGGAGCAGGAAGGAAAACCACCGGUUCCAGAUGCUGGUGAUGGUCAAGAUGUGUGUUCACUACGAGCUUCUACUCCUGAAGCUAUCAUCAGAGCAGUUGGUGAUAUUCUGCAAAAAACAAGCAGGCCCACAAGCAGUGACAGUUGUCAACACAGGAGGCUGCGGACUUUCUCAGGGGUCACACCCCCUGGAGAAGAACAGUUGGAAAACUGGGUCGAACAGGCCAGACUAAUGAUUGAAGAAUGCCAUGGAUCUGAAAGAGAGAAGAGGAUGAAAAUCAUGGAGAGUGUAAAGGGGCCUGCACUAGAGAUCCUGCAAGCUGUCAGAUUCAACAACCCUAAUGCCAUGUCUAUAGACUACCGUGACAUUCUUGAGAACACCUUUGGCACACCGGAAAGUGGUGAAGAACUCUACUUUGCUUUCAGAAUGCUGUGUCAACAUCCUGCUGAGAAACUUUCUGAAUUCCUGAGAUGCCUGGAACGAGUUCUGACUAAAGUUAUCCAAAAAGGCGGGCUUCAGUCAGCCACAGCUAAUAGUCCGUCUAAAUCAACUCAUCAAAGGGGCCACCAGAUCUGA